AUGGCUAAAGAACCACAGAUUCAAGAUGCAGAGACAUCAACACUCAUAGAUCCCUUCUUCACCCGCAACAACCUCACUCUUCAAGACCAGCACGAGUGCUACGCUAUCGUUUCACAACUAUACCCAAACCAAACCAUCUCCCCAGCAUCAUGUCAGGGCUACUGCUCUUUCACCCUCUUCGUCGGCCCCUCAACCGUCAUCCAAUUUCGCCCCUCCCCUUACCGUCUAGACCUACUCGUCACUUCCCUCGCCUCAUCUAUACACAGCGUCCAUGUCCCCAAGACAUCCCACCGUGCCGUGCUACGCAGUUCAGGCCUAGAGGUUUACAGCAUGAGCCGCAUCCCCGGAGCCUCCCUCCGUGAUUCCCGCUCCCACUCGCCCACCCUCGCUCGCUCCCCACAGUUCCUAGAGAACCUGUGUACGUCUCUCGCAGCCUUUCUGGUCCACUCAUGGCACCGCCGCCCUCCUGCUCCUCCCACGCCCCGCGGCAAAAUAGGCAUAUCUCUGUAUGCGCGGCUCCAGCUCCUCACUACCGCCCUCCCGGCCCGCUUCCGCCCCAUAGCAAGACAGCUCGUGGACAAUAUGCACAAUAUCACCAGUUUACCCUGGGUCCUCACGCACGGCGAUCUCGUGCCGGGUAAUAUCAUGCUUUCGCCUUCCUGCGGAUACUUGACGGGGCUGGUGGAUUGGGCAGAGGCAGAGGUGUUGCCGUUCGGACUGUGUCUCUAUGGGCUGGAAGAGAUACUGGGUGAAAUGACGGAGGAUGGUUGGGAGUAUCAUCCUGCUGCAGAGGGGUUGAGAGAGGUGUUUUGGAGGGAGUUGGGCGAGGGAGUUGGUGAGAAGGAGAGGAAGAGGGUGGAGAUGGCGAGGAUAGCCGGGAUACUGCUUUGGUGGGGAUUUGCCUGGGACGAGGGACGGAUUGAUAGGGUUGUGGAGGAGGGGAGGGACGAGAUUGAGAUUGCAAGGUUGGACGCCUUUCUCGGGCCGUUCGAUGAAGCGGAUUUGAGAGUUUCCAAGCUCUGA